AUGGUCAAAACUAUCGCUCACAUCAAGUCGUAUCCGCUCGUGUCAGAGCUAAUUGCGUUCCUUUCAUCGUUUGCGUUUGUCUCCUACAUUUUUGCCCGACUUAGCGCGCUCUUCAGCUCACUUCCAGCUAACAAGUACCUCUACAAGCUUGACGAGUAUGCGGACAAUCGCGUGCUCACUUCACUCGAUAAGACGUUUCCUAAGAUCACCACAUUGACUUCUGAGCAGGUUAUCCAGGUCCCAAGAGACCAAGCUGUGGCGCUGAACAGGAGGCUGAGUGGAGCUGUGGCAUCCUCAGUCAAGCAGGUAGAGGACCUGUACACCACCAGAGCCAAGCCAAAGAUUGACGGAACUGUCAACCCGCUGAUCGAACCUGCUAAUGACAGGCUGGAGUCCCUGCUGUCAUCAUACCUCCCUGGCGAGGCAAAGCCAGCGGCGACCUCUGAUGAUGCCAAGAUUCCGAAGGAAGUUGGCCGCACCGUCCUUCUGACAGGCGAAAUUAUUACAAGGCUCAAGCCAAAAAUUGGUGAAUACACCGCGGGUCUUCAAAGUCAGGCUGCUGGUUUCCAGAGCCACGUGGUUGACACAUACCAUUCUGAGGCCACGGACGCUUCUUUGCCAAAGGGCGUUUUCAACACAGCCGUCAAAUUGUCCAAGGAAGCAUAUGGCACUAUCAGACCAACUGUUGAGCCAGUGGUGGCCAAGGUUGAUGAAGACAUUGUUAAAGAGCUUAAUGGUUCCAAAUAA